AUGUUCAACGUGGAGGAUCACUACGGUGCACACAUGAGAAAAGAAACCAUCAGGGCACUUUCCCAACCAUUUUCACUAACAAAUAAAAGCGCUAAAACUUCGAAAAAGUCGCAAAAGAAUAGGGCAAUACCUAAGGUCGAAAGGGAAAAAAUAAAGUACAGAGAUUUUGUUGAGAUAGGUAAGAUGUUCACAGACUAUCUGACAGCACUGAAAGGAUCGAUGAAUCCAUCCGCCUUUGUGAACAAGAUAUACAUGUGUGAACUAACUGGUGCAGAAAUUAAAAUCGUAGGAGGAAGUACUGGCAUCAUAAUUGAAGAACGAGCCAAUUCCAUAAUUGUUGUUUUAGAGGACGAUUCGGUGAAGACCUAUUUGAAGAAAACGACUGAUUUCAUAGUCAUCCACGACGGAAUAGAAUACAUAUUUAUUGGAUCUGGAAUGAAGCCCAACAGGUUUAUAAAAAAAUAA